AUGUGUUCAAACCAAAUGUUAAACUGGGAAAGAAAAGAAGAUUUUUUUGCAUCAGUGAUUCUCGAUGAGCUAAGCAAGCGACACAAGAAAAGGAUCAAAAAGAUUGUCUGUGGUGAUUCUUUAGAAAACUGUUAAUUUCCGCUGUUAUAUUAUCACGUUGUGCUUGACAGCUGGCAAGGAACUUUGUAGCUGUAGGAACUUUGACUGGAUUUAACAGCUUAUUUAUGAUAAUAACUGGUAUAGGCGCAGUGUCUUCUCUUGGAAACAACGUCGUCGACUUAUGGCAAAAGAUAUUGAAUUGUGAAGCUGGCAUUACAAAACUUGGAAGUGAAUUCAAAGGGUUACCAUGUCAAGUAGCUGCACAAUUACCGAGAGAACAGCUGCAAAUAGAGAAGUACUUAAGUAAAAGUGACUUAAAAGUAAUGAGUCGCGCUACGCAGUUAUGUAUUAUAUCAACUGAAGAAGCCUUGCAAACAGCAAAAUUGGAUCCAAAAGAACUAAACACCGAUACGCUCGAACGUUUUGGUGUAUGCGUUGGAAUGGGAAUGUUUGACUUGAGUGAAGUAUACGGUGCCUGGCAGCAAUUACAAAAAGGUUAUAAUCGGGUUAGCCCAUUUUUCGUGCCCAGGCUACUUCCUAAUAUGCCAUGUGGUCACAUAAGUAUGCGACACGGCUUGCGAGGACCUAACCAUUCAGUGUCGACAGCUUGUGCUACAGGUUCGCAUGCUUUAGGCGAUGCAAUGCGUUUUAUACGAAACGGUGAUGCGGAUAUAAUGUUGGCUGGAAGCGGAGAAUCGUGCAUUGAUCCACUAUCAAUUGCUGGGUUUUGUAGAAUACGGGCCUUAAGUACUGCUUUUAACGAAAUUCCAAGCCAAGCCUCGCGACCUUUUGACAAGAAUCGCGAUGGGUUCGUUAUGGGCGAAGGCGCCGCAAUAUUGUUAUUGGAAGAACUAGAACAUGCUUUGCAACGUAAAGCAAACAUUUUAGGAGAAAUUUUGGGCUACGGGUUGUCAGGUGACGCCUAUCAUAUCACUUCUCCUAGUGAAGAUGGUACCGGUGCUGCAUUGGCUAUGUUCAGAGCCAUAAAAGAUGCGCAAAUAAAUAAAGACGACGUGACAUAUGUUAACGCACAUGCCACUUCCACACCAGCGGGAGAUCGCAUUGAGGCCCAAGCCAUAUGCAAAGUUUUCGGUGAUCAUGUUAAUAAAAUUAGAGUGUCCUCUACGAAAGGUCACCAUGGCCAUCUUUUAGGCUCCUCUGGGAACCUAGAAACAGUGAUUUUAAUAAAAGCUCUCGCCGCUAACAAAAUACCACCUUCGUUAAAUGUAGAAGAAUUAGGCAAAGACAUAUGUGUAAAUGUAGUAACUAAACCAGAAGUAUGGGGUUAUAACAGUCAACAAAGAUUAGUUGCUUUAAAGAACUCUUUUGGUUUCGGAGGCACAAAUUCGUCGUUGUGUAUAGCUAGUUAUAUUAGCUAGACAUCAAUGAUAAAGUUUACAUUUUUCUGAAUUUCAUUUGGAUAUACAAAUUACAAUGUAAAUAGUAAUGUAACAAGAUUUAUAU